AGGGAAAGGCGGCCCCUGACCGUAGUGCAGCCAGCGGUUGCAGGCAGACGGAGCAGAGCGGUCAGGGAUCAUGAGGGAGAGUGCGUUGGUGCCGGGGCCUGUGCCCGAGGCGCCGGCGGGGGGUCCCGUGCACGCCGUGACGGUGGUGACCCUGCUGGAGAAGCUGGCCUCCAUGCUGGAGACGCUGCGGGAGCGGCAGGGAGGCCUGGCUCGAAGGCAGGGAGGCCUGGCAGGGUCCGUGCGCCGCAUCCAGAGCGGCCUGGGCGCUCUGAGUCGCAGCCACGACACCACCAGCAACACCUUGGCGCAGCUGCUGGCCAAGGCGGAGCGCGUGAGCUCGCACGCCAACGCCGCCCAAGAGCGCGCGGUGCGCCGCGCAGCCCAGGUGCAGCGGCUGGAGGCCAACCACGGGCUGCUGGUGGCGCGCGGGAAGCUCCACGUUCUGCUCUUCAAGGAGGAGGGUGAAGUCCCAGCCAGCGCUUUCCAGAAGGCACCAGAGCCCUUGGGCCCGGCGGACCAGUCCGAGCUGGGCCCAGAGCAGCUGGAGGCCGAAGCUGGAGAGAGCUCGGACGAGGAGCCUGUGGAGUCCAGGGCCCAGCGGCUGCGGCGCACCGGAUUGCAGAAGGUACAGAGCCUCCGAAGGGCCCUUUCGGGCCGGAAAGGCCCUGCAGCGCCACCGCCCACCCCGGUCAAGCCGCCUCGCCUUGGGCCUGGCCGGAGCGCUGAAGCCCAGCCCGAAGCCCAGCCUGCGCUGGAGCCCACGCUGGAGCCAGAGCCUCCGCAGGACACCGAGGAAGAUCCCGGGAGACCUGGGGCUGCCGAAGAAGCUCUGCUCCAAAUGGAGAGUGCAGCCUGAGGGCUGGUGUUGCCUGCCUCCCCUGUGCUUGUGCCUUGUUCCAAAAUAAAUCCUUUCAGAAUGUAGCACUCAGGCCCUAAUAAGGAGCGAAUCCUGCAUCCACCAAGGCGGGCGCUCUGGCCCUCCCUUCCUUAAGCCCAGUCCUGUGUCCUCUGAAAAACGUGCAGCCACUCACACCUGCUUGCUGUCACCAUCAAUAAAAGUAAUUUCACCCGAA